GCCGGCGGCAUGAGGCGCGACCCGGCGCCCGGCUUCUCCAUGCUGCUCUUCGGCGUCUCCCUCGCCUGCUACUCGCCCAGCCUCAAGUCGGUGCAGGACCAGGCGUACACGGCGGCAGUGGUGCUGGAGGGCAAGGUGCAGUCCGUGGGCCCCCCCGCCGGCGGCGGCAAUGACAGCCGCGGAGCCGCCGGGCCCGCGGGGGGGGUCCUGGUCAAGGUGCUCGACCUGUGGCCCCUCAACAGCGGCGGGCUGCAGCGGGAGCAGCUCAUCAGCGUGGGCUCCAAGGCGCCCUGCUUCAAAGUGAAGCGCAACCACCGCUACAUCUUCUUCCUGGAGCCCACCGAGGAGCCGCUCGUCUUCCGCACCGCCUUCGCGCCGCUCGACACCAGCGGCAAGAACCUCAAGCGGGACGUGGCGCGGAUCCUCUGCGCCGACUGCGCUGUCCCUCCCAAACUGAAGAAGCUGAAAAGCCCCAACGUUCACGUAGGUGAAAAGAUCUCACUGAAGUGUGAGGCAACUGCUGGAAACCCUCAGCCGUCCUACAAGUGGUUUAAAGAUGGCAAAGAGCUGAAGAAGAGCAAGGACAUCCGGAUCAAGUAUGGGAAUGGGAAAAAGAUUUCCAGACUGCAGUUCAACAAGGUGAAGCUGGAAGAUGCUGGGGAGUACAGCUGCGAAGCCGAGAACGUUUUAGGGAAAGACACCGCAAAGGGCAGCCUGAAUGUGAAAAGUGUAACCACAACUCUCUCCUCCUGGUCCGGGCAUGCUAGAAAAUGCAACGAAACAGCCAAGUCCUAUUGUGUCAAUGGCGGGGUAUGCUACUACAUCGAGGGGAUUAAUCAGCUGUCUUGCAAGUGUCCAAUCGAAUUCACAGGAGACCGGUGUCAGCAUUUCGCAAUGGUCAGCUUCUCCAAGCAUCUUGGAUUUGAAUUAAAGGAAGCAGAAGAGCUCUACCAGAAGAGAGUUUUAACCAUUACGGGGAUCUGUGUUGCCUUGCUCGUGGUGGGCAUCGUUUGUGUGGUAGCUUACUGUAAAACCAAGAAACAAAGAAAACAAAUGCAUAAUCAUCUACGUCAGAACAUGUGCCCUGCCCAUCAGAACAGGAGCCUUGCCAACGGGCCAAGCCAUCCACGUUUGGAUCCCGAGGAGAUCCAGAUGGCUGAUUACAUUUCUAAGAACGUUUCUGCCACCGAGCACGUGAUCCGAAGGGAAACAGAGACAACGUUUUCGGGAAGUCACUCCUGCUCCCCAUCCCAUCACUGCUCCACAGCCACUCCAACGUCCAGCCAGAGACAUGAAAGCCACACCUGGAGCUUGGAGCGGACCGAGAGCCUGACUUCGGAUUCCCAGUCUGGGAUCAUGCUGUCCUCGGUGGGAACCAGUAAAUGCAACAGCCCUGCGUGCGUGGAGGCGCGGGCUCGCCGCGGGGCCGCCUUCUGCAUUGAGGACUCGCGCAGGCCCACGACACAGUACCGCGACUCGGUGGAUUCCCUGCGGGACUCGCCGCACAGCGAGAGGUACGUGUCGGCCCUGACCACACCAGCACGCCUGUCGCCUGUCGACUUCCACUACUCGAUGGCCGCGCAGGUGCCCACCUUCGAGAUCACGUCCCCCAAUUCUGCGCACGCCGUCUCCCUGCCACCGGCCGCCCCCGUCAGCUUCCGCGUGGAGGAGCAGCAGCCGCUGCUGCGGCGGUAUCAGCUCCCCUUCCAGGACACGCAGCGCUGCGACAGCUACUACCAAAGGAAGACCUACCUAAACGACAGCAUGGGGAGCCUGCCCUCCAGCCCCUUCCGCAUCACGGAGGACGACGAGUACGAGACGACGCAGGAGUACGUCACAGCGCUAGAGCAGCCAAAGAAAACAGCCAGCAGCAACAGGCGGUGGAAAAAAUCCAAACUGAACGGGCACAUCCCUCACAGAGCCAGGGCCGUGCGGGACUCCUUCUCCCUGAGCAGCGCCUCUUACAGCGAGUCUGAUGAGGAGCUGGUGGCCGAGAGCACCCCGUUCCUCGGCGCUCAGAACAGUGCGGCGGCACGCGCCGAGUCGCCGCCGCUGCUGCCCCGUCCGGGCGACGUCCGGACUCACUGCUGCAGCAGACACAGCGCGCACGGGGAGCCUCCCAAGCCCGACCCACACCCCCUCUAGGUGCCUCCCAGACCUGACCCGCAUGGAGGAGGCUGAGGAGGGGGAUGAGACAAAACACAACAAAACAGAAAAAAACAAAC